GAGAAGUAUCGCUGCGUAGUCAUGUAUUUCAAUCAAUCCUUGGUCCGGGUUGUUCUUUUUUUAACAUUGUUUUCUGGUUCAGGUGUGCUGAGUCAAAACCUGGAUGCUGACAGUGAGUUCAUUUAUCAGGACGGAGUUGAUACUAGUGCUGAGGAGGAGGAACAGCAUGACUACGACUCCGAGUACAAAGAGAUUGAAUAUGAUUACAAGCUUGAGAAGGAUUUAGAGGAUUUGGACAGUCUAGCAGUGGAUAGUUCAGUUGUUUUACAUCUCUCCGGUACAACAACAACAACAACAACAACAACAACAACAACGAAGACGACAAUAACAACAACAACAACAACAACAACAACAACGACGACGACAACAACAACAACAACAAAACCUCAAAAGCCAGUCUUUGUCACACUAAUUAUAGGAGGGUUCGGAGUAGGGGGAGUAAUCUCUCAGGUUGAAACUCUAGACCAAGGAGGAAACAAACUUCUCCAGCUACCAGAGGAAGGAGUCCGCGGGGACGAACAGUAUACAACAAUUUACACCGGUAGCUCUCUUCUCUCAUGCAGCUCAGGUUCCAGCUUUUUAACACCCUAUGGUUGGCUUUAUAAACCAGGAAGAUGUUAUAAUUUUAACUUUCUGUUGAAGAAUUGGAAAUCUACUGGGGGACAGCAGAGUGACUAUAGGCGAGGAUGCAGUAUGACUAGAGUUGGUAGAUAUAUCCUUAGUCUAGGGGGAGCCAGGAGUAGGUUGGGUAGAAAGAUGUCACUCAGUCGGAAUAGGGUACAUCAUCUUAUUCAUUUACAUAUGGUUGGUGUAAGUGAGCACUGUACGGUAGUGGUUAAUGGGCCUACUGGUCCUGAGCUUGUGGUUACAGGAGGAAGAGGGAGGGAGAACAAUGUCUUCAAAUUCUCAUUCUCAUCAGGAAAAUGGUAUUCUUUAAACAGAAUGAAUGUUGGAAGACGACAGCACGCUUGUUUAAAGGGUAAAAUCAACGGAAGAAGCGGAAUAGUCGUUGUCGGAGGAAUGAACGGAGAAAGUAUGAAUCUGACAAGUGCUGAAUGGUUUGAUCUAAGAUCUGGAGAGUGGAAAACCUUACCAAGCCUAAUCCAGGGUAGAAGAAAUCCUGGAAUAACAAUUGAGAAUGGGAGAUUUACAGUCCUCGGAGGAGUACAGGAGAACUCAAUUUAUCUCAGAAGUAAAGAAGUGUUUGUAACGGACAGAUGGAUUAAGACGGAUGCUGUUCUAAAAGAGGGGAGAGAGAGUUUUAGUUUACUCAGAGUACCAGCUCAACUACUCAGGGAACGGCAACCGAGAAAUAGAAUUGUAAAAUCUAAAAAUAGAAAAAAUAAAAAUAUGAUUUGAUAUUUUAACUUU